AUGACGGCGGCGCGCGCCUCGCCGCCGUCGUCCUCCGCGGAGGACGACGGCGCGGCCGAUCGCGACCGCGACGCCGCGACGGACGCCUCGCGUCGCGGCGAUCGCGACGACGACGGCGACGACGACGACGACGUCGCGCGCGCCCAGAUCCAGCGCGAGGAGGAGGAGGACGACGACGACGACGACGCGACAGCCGCCGCGGACGACGACGACGAGAACGCCGCGCCGGAGACGCCGUCGAGCCGAGCGCCGCGCCGCGGACGCGGCCGCCGCGGCUCCCCGAAGACGGAGCCGUACGACGUCCCGCGCGGGAAGUUCUUCCUGCACGACGACCGCGGCGACGACGCGGCGACGACCGCGGCGCCAGAUCGCGCGAGGAGGAGGAUCCGAAAAACGAACAACGACGCGGAGGAGGAGGAGGCGCGUUCUCCUCACACUGGUUCCCAUACGACCCCGUCGCCGUGGUGA